AUCUGACGCGCGCGCUGAUAGGCGGAUGCAUGUGGGCUUUUGAGCGAGUUUGUGCGUGACCGUGUGUUUACAAACUUUCAGCUGGACUGAAGAACUCUAGAAAACUUCAUUUGGACAAAAAUGUCGCGAAUAUUAAGCGUUUUUAACACUCACAUUAUUAAAGAUUUCACAAGAAGAUUUUGGCGAAUUUCUGCACGGAGCUUCACAACAGAUGACGGUGAUGGAGGUGCUGGAGUUUUGGGCAAGCGUCUGAAGGACACGGCAGAGACGGUGAUCAUCGGUGGUGGGUGUGUUGGGGUCAGUCUGGCGUAUCAUCUUGCCAAAGCGGGACAGAAGGACGUGGUGCUGCUGGAGAAGUCCGAGCUGACGGCCGGAUCCACGUGGCACGCGGCGGGACUCACCACAUAUUAUCAUCCUGGCAUAAAUCUGAAGAAGAUUCAUUAUUACAGUAUUAAACUGUUCGAGCAGCUGGAGGCCGAGACUGGACAGGCAGUGGGUUUCCAUCAGCCUGGCAGCAUCAGACUGGCAUCGAGUCCUGUCAGAGUGGAUGAACUGAAAUAUCAGAUGAGCAGAACACACUGGCACCCCACACCACAGUUCCUCAUCGGACCUGAGAAGAUCCAGGAGCUCUUUCCUCUCCUCAACGUGAACAAGGUGUUGGCGGGUCUCUAUAAUCCCGGUGAUGGCCACAUUGAUCCGUAUUCUCUGACGAUGGCUCUGGCGGCCGGUGCCCGUAUGUACGGCGCCCAGAUCUAUUACCCCGCCCCUGUAACCGGCCUCACGCCAACCGCUGAUGGCAAAUGGGACGUCCAGACCGCGCACGGAACCAUCCGAGCCAAUCGCAUCGUCAAUGCAACAGGUUUCUGGGCGCGAGAGCUGGGUCACAUGAUCGGUUUCCAGCACCCCACCGUCCCAGUGCAUCACCAGUAUGUUGUCACGGCGACAGUUCCGGAGGUGAAGGCCCUGAAGGCAGAGCUUCCUGUUAUCAGGGAUCUGGAGGGGUCAUAUUACCUGCGUCAGGAGCGAGACGGGCUGCUGUUCGGACCGUACGAGAGAGAGGAGAAGAUGAUGCUGCAGGACUCCUGGAUCACAGAUGGAGUUCCUCCAGGUUUUGGUAAAGAGUUGUUUGAGUCCGAUCUGGACCGCAUCAUGGAUCAUGUGGAAAUGGCGAUGGAGAUGGUGCCGGUUCUGAAGAAUGCUGACAUCAUUAAUAUCGUCUCUGGACCAAUCACAUAUACUCCUGACCUGCUGCCCGUGAUCGGACCGCACCAGGGCGCUCACAACUACUGGACCGCCAUCGGCUUCGGGUAUGGUAUAAUUCAUUCUGGAGGCGUUGGGAAGUUUCUCAGUGAUUGGAUCAUGAGCGGUGAACCUCUGUAUGACCUCAUCGAAUGUGACCCCAAUCGCUACGGUCACUGGACAACUGUACAGUACGUGUGUGCCAAAGCCAGAGAAUCUUAUGGAUUCAACAACAUCGUGGGUUACCCAAAAGAGGAGCGUUUCGCGGGCCGUCCAACUAACAGGGUCAGUGGUGUGUAUGAGCUGUUGAAGGAGAAAUGUUCUAUGGGUUUCCACGUGGGUUGGGAGCAGCCGCACUACUUCUACAAACCUGGAGACGAGACGGGAUACAAGCCCAGUUUCAGAAGGACUAACUGGUUCGGGCCAGUGGGCCGUGAGUGUAAACUCGUGAUGGAGAAAGUGGGUGUAAUUGACCUCUCACCCUUCGGGAAGUUCAUGGUGACAGGAGAAGAUUCACAGCAGCUGCUCGAGCGACUUUUUGCCAACACAUUGCCGAAGGUGGGUCAAACAAACAUCAGUCACAUGUUGACCCCACGGGGGCGUGUCUAUGCUGAGGUCACAGUUACUCAGCUCACACCGGGAGAGUUUCUGCUCAUCACAGGCUCCGGAUCAGAACUGCACGACCUCAGAUGGAUUGAGCGUGAGGUGUUUGAUGGUGGUUAUCGUGUGAGUGUGUCUAAUGUCACAGAUGAGAUCGGCGUGUUGGGUGUCGCCGGGCCGAACUCUCGCAAGGUUCUUCAGAAACUGACGGAUGAAGAUUUGAGUGACACUGGAUUCAGAUUCCUGCACUGCAGAUCCAUUCAGCUGAACGGCAUUCCUGUACGAGCCAUGCGCAUAUCAUACACAGGUGAGUUGGGUUGGGAGUUGUACAUGGACAUGAAGAACAUGAGUGCUGUGUAUCAGUCACUGAUGGACGCCGGACAGUGCGAGGGAAUCGAUGACUUUGGCACGUACGCCAUGAACUCACUGAGACUGGAGAAAGGUUUCAGAGCCUGGGGAGCUGAGAUGAAUUGUGACACGAAUCCUCUUGAAGCUGGUUUGGAUUAUUUCAUCAAACUCAACAAGUCUGCAGAUUUCAUUGGUAAACAGGCUCUGUUGGAGAUCAGGUCUCAGGGUUUGAAGCGCAGACUGGCGUUUCUCACGCUGCAAACGGACGACAUCGACCCAGAGGGCAACGAGACCAUCUGGCACAAUGGCAAAGUGGUUGGAAACACGACGUCUGGAGCAUACAGCUACAGCACACAGCAGAGUCUGGCGUUGGGUUACCUGCCUGUGGAUCUUGUUACUGUGGGUCAGAGAGUGGAGGUGGAGCUGCUGGGUCAGAAAUAUCCUGCCACAGUCACACAAGAACCGCUAGUCCUCACAGAACCCGCCAGAACCAGACUGCAGAAGAAGAGCAAAAGAGUCUGAGCCCACACUGGAACAUGAUUACUAGAUGAUCUUUCAUGUUUGAAAUUCAUUAGGAUCCUUAACCAACGUUUAUCAGUCACACCUGAAAAUCACUAAACAAAUAUGAAUGUCUUAAAAUGCAAAUGUAAAGAUUGUGUUAGAAAUAAUUGUGAAUAUUUGCUGCUGAGCAUCAUGUCUUAAUGUCUUAAUCUGUGUAAAUGAUUUCUUGUCAUGUGUAGCUCAGUAAACUGUAUUUUACUGUCAUCUGUUCAAACAUACUGAUGAUUCUUACCAACUGAAUUCAGUACCAGUAAAGACCUGCAGUGAAAUACAAUGUCAGUAUUGCACAUCGAGUGAUUCCUGUAUAAUGUUAUAAUGACCUCGGAUUAUUCCUGUAUAUCUCUGAACUGUAUAUUUUCAUUCUGAAUAAACUCUGACGGCUUUAAUCACUGUAUGAUUAAACAUGUUCAGCUUUACAGAUGUAAAAGUUUAUGAUCAUGUGUGUAUUUUGAUGGUUUUGUAUAAUCUGUCUGAAUAAAAUCAUCUGUAUGUGUAUGUUCAGAAUAGCCGACUACAAUACUAUAUUUCUGCAUUGUGAACAGUAUACCCAGUGUGAUAUUUCACUAAUAUUUUAACAUUUCAUUAUUUCAUUUCUUUAUGUCAUCAGACUGCCAAAGACAAUUUUGCACAAAAUUUACUUGAAAUGCAAAAGGAGUUUUUGGGAUGAUAACUGAAAGCCACUCACUGAAUUUAAUGUAAUUCUAGGACAUCAUGUGACAGCAAUGUAGGAUGCCUAAUAUGUGCUGUUUCACACUGGUAUUCUAUUACGAACAUUGAAAACUUGACUUAUUAAAUUAAUAUUUCGGGUUCAAUACAAGUUCAUCUCAAUCGACAGCAUUUGUGGCAUAAUACUGAUUACCACAAAAAUGUAUUUGAACUCGUUUCUCCUUUUGCUUUUUUGUUUUUUAAAAAGGACAAAUGUGUGUUACAGUGAGACACUUACAAUGGAAGUCAAUGGGGCCAAUUUUUGGAGGGUUUAAAGCUCCAGAAAUGUGAAGCAUAUAAUUUUAUAAUAGCACCUACAUUAAUGUGUAUUAUUUGAGCUGUAAAAUUGUUUAAAUCGUAAUUUUUAUGGUCGUAUUAUGGUUUGCGGUGUUACGUUGUCAUGGCAAAAAAGUUGUACAAUUGUCUAUAACUUUACACAUAUGCGGUUAAUAAGUGAUUUUAUCACACUAAAAUCAUGUUAUCACACAUAUAGUUUAUGUUAUGUUGUUAGUACACCUAAAAAUUAAAAUUCUCAUCAUUU